UUCAGCUCUGGGCCUGAAUGCAACAGACACAAUGGCCCUAAUGAGGACAGCCACGACCAGUGCAUUACCAGUAAUUGAGGAGGUGGUCCGGCUGCAAAACUCCAUGGUCUUCAAGGCAGCUAAUUCCUUGGAUUUCCAAGACGACGUGAUGGGAAGCAUCAACAUGUUGCUGUGUGGAACAAAGGCUGACAACAACUCCACCAAAAUGUCCUUCAGUCUACAGUCGCCAAAACAGAUGGCUAAGAAUAUGUCUGUUUCAAACGUGGGCAACAAUUCUAGUGAUUUUUGUCAGACUCUUAUCGACUCCCUGCAGGGCACACCUAGUCUGCGCUACAUUUGGAGCACCUUCAGACCAUUACUUCGAGGGAAGGUCCUGUACGCGCCUGAUACACCUGCCGCUCGCCUUCUGGUCAAAGAAGCGAAUAGCACAUUCAACUCCCUGGCUAUGCUAAAAGAGCUCGCAGAUUCAUGGGAUGAACUCGGGCCACGUGUUUGGAACUUCAUGCAAAACAGCCCUCAAGUCAACACCUUCCGGGCUUUGCUGGCAAAUCCCAUCUUUGCUGAAGCCCUCAACCAGCGCCUCAGCGGUACSGGAUGGACGGCCGAGCUGCUGGGGAACUUCCUGUACAACGGACCUCCUGAAGACCGUCCAGCUCGGAUGCCGCCUUACGACUGGAGGAAUGUUUACARCACCACCACCGAAACCUUGAAGCUCCUCUCCAAAUUCCUCGGUUGUUUGGAUCUGAAUAAGUUCGAGGGAGUUGAGACUGAAAGCCAUCUAGUGAAGAAAGCCUUGGAGCAUCUAAAUAAUGACACGUUUUGGGCUGGUGUUGUCUUUGAGAACCUCCAGCCGAGCUCCAGCCUCAUCCCUCCUUUUGUCAAAUACAAAAUCAGGAUGGACAUCGAUGAAGUUGAGCGUACCAACAAAGUAAAAUCAAGGUCCUGGUCCCCUGGAGCCAAAGACAAUGCCUUCAAUGAUCUGCGCUACAUAUGGGGAGGCUUUGCUUAUCUCCAGGACAUGAUGGACCACGCCAUUAUUCGCUUGCACACAUCAAAGACUCAACCUCUUGGUGUUUUUGUUCAGCAGAUCCCAUAUCCUUGCUUUGUGGAUGAUGCCUUUGUUCAGAGUAUCGGAACGGUUCUCCCCAUGUUCCUGGUCCUGGCCUUCAUGGACUCCGUGUGCAUGACCAUCAAAAGCUUGGUGCUGGAGAAGGAGCUGCGGCUCAAGGAGGUGCUGCGAGCCGUUGGCAUUCGAAACGGCGCCCUGUGGUCCGCCAGGUUCACAGAGAACAUUGUUCUUCUCAGCAUUCCCUGUGCGCUCAUGAGUAUCAUGAUUAAGUACGGCAAAGUGCUCCAGUACAGCGACCCCUCUGUAAUCUUUGUCUUCCUGCUGGUGUUCUGCCUGGCCACCAUCUCUCAGUGCUUCUUCAUUAGCGUCUUCUUCUCAAAGGCCAACCUAGCAGCGGCGUGCGGUGGCCUCAUCUACUUUCUCCUCUACCUGCCGCACGUCCUCUGCUACGCCUGGAGGGACGUCAUGGGUUUCGGGGCCAAGGUCGCCGUGAGUUUGCUGUCGUGCGUGGCCUUCGGCUACGGCUGUGAGAAAUUUUCCAAGUAUGAGGAGCAAGGCAUCGGGAUUCAGUGGCACAACAUCGGCCAGAGUCCAGAAGAGGGAGAUCGCUACACCUUCAUUGUGUCCAUCGUCAUGAUGCUCCUUGAUGCUUUUCUAUACUGGGUGCUCACAUGGUACAUUGAAAACGUCUUUCCAGGUCAAUAUGGAAUUCCUAAACCAUGGUACUUCCCWUUCACUUCCUCAUAUUGGUGUGGAACGGCAUCAUCAACAGAACAUAACCCUGAUCUGCUGCUAGACUCCAGUGUCAGUGAUGAAUAUAUGGAGAAACCGCCCCCCAACAUAAAAGCAGGGGUCUCAAUUCGCAAGCUUGUCAAAAUCUACAAGACUGGGAAGAAGCUUGCAGUGGAUGGGCUGAGCCUGGACUUCUAUCAGAAUCAGAUUACAUCAUUUCUUGGCCACAACGGAGCAGGAAAAACAACCACAAUGUCCAUCCUAACGGGACUGUUCCCGCCUACAUCAGGAACGGCCCUCAUCAAUGGAUAUGACAUUCGAACCGACAUGGACAUCAUCCGGUUGCACUUGGGAAUGUGUCCACAGCAUAAUGUCUUAUUUAAUGAAUUGACUGUAGAGGAGCACAUUUACUUCUAUGCUCGGCUGAAAGGACGCAGCAAGAGCGAAGUGAAAUCCGAGAUGGACCAGAUGAUUAAAGAUGUUGGUUUACCACAYAAGAGGAAGGAACUCGCUAAGAACCUGUCAGGUGGCAUGCAGCGAAAGCUCUCUGUGGCCAUAGCUUUUGUAGGUGGUUCAAAAAUCGUAAUCUUGGAUGAGCCUACGGCAGGGGUGGAUCCCUACGCUCGUAGAGGGAUCUGGGAGCUGCUGUUAAAGUACAAACAAGGUCGCACCAUCAUUUUGUCAACCCACCAUAUGGACGAGGCAGACAUCUUAGGGGAUCGCAUUGCCAUCAUCUCCCACGGCAAGCUGCGUUGCUGUGGCUCCUCCCUUUUCUUGAAGAAGUGCUUUGGUAGCGGCUAUUAUCUAACUCUGGUCAGGAGCGGAACUGAAAAGAUGGCAAAUCAGCGGCAGAAUGUUACUCAGAAACAUGCCUUCGAGGAAGAAACGGAGAGAGACUGUCCUUCCAGGAGCAGUCUAGAUGAUGGCUUUGGCAGUCAAACCUGGGACAACUCGGAUCCGACAGAUUUGACAGCUGUGACUCAGCUCGUGCGGYGCCACGUCCCCGAGGCUGUCUUUUUGGAGAGCAUCGGUCAGGAAAUCACUUUCAUACUGCCCUACAGCGGAGCCAGAGACGGAACGUUUGCUGCGCUCUUCCAAAAGCUCGACCUGGCURUGGUCGACCUUGGCCUGACCAGCUACGGUAUCUCUGACACCUCGCUGGAGGAGAUAUUUCUUAAAGUGGCAGAAGACACAGGAGUGGAUGCAGAAAUACCAGCAGCAAAGGAGCCGUUGGUGAGAGACUGGAAGAGAAGCUCCCGCGAAUCCAGGAGAAACAGCAUCGCCAGUGUCSGCCAUAAAACAGAGCAGAACGGGAUGAGUGAUUUAAAGGAAAGGUUUUCCAGUAAAGUCGAAGAUUGUAAGAAAAGUGCGAGCGUCAAUGGAAGAGGAUCCACGGUCAUCAUCGGGUGGAAGCUGAUCAGAAGGCAGUUUCUAGCGCUCUUUGUCAAGCGCUUCCACCACGCCCGGAGGAGCCGCAAGGGACUCAUUGCCCAGGUGGUCCUGCCGGCUUUCUUCGUGUGCCUGUCUCUAAUCUUCUCCCUCAUCGUCCCGCCGUUCGCCGACUACCCGAGUCUGGAGCUGCAGCCGUGGAUGUACGGCCUGCCUCAAACCACCUUUUACAGCAAUGACAUGAAAGAGAAUGUAGAGGUGUCCAAGGUGGUGGAAACAUUGGUGAACAACCCUGGUUUUGGGACACGUUGCAUGAACGGAGAUCCGAUACCAAAGUUACCAUGCUCCUCUGGCGGGUCUAAUUGGUUCACUCCCGCCGUGGAUCAGUCGGUUCUUGACAUCUUCCUCAACGGGAACUGGAGCAUGUCCAACCCCUCCCCUUCCUGUCAGUGCAGCACUCCGAAAAGGACCAUCAUGUUACCCGACUGUCCGCUCGGCGCAGGCGGUCUUCCCCCACCGCAGAGGGUUCAGAACACCACAGACACUCUGUUGAAUCUGACUGGACGAAACAUGACAGACUUCUUGGUYAAGACUUUUGAACAUUUUGGUAAAAAAAGGUACGGGGGGAUCUCUGUUGGAGGAAUCAACUCACAAGUCCGACUGACAGAGCCUGAGAUCAAAGGAGUUUUCAGAGAUUUUAAAGAUAUUUUCAAUUCAUCUCAGGAUAACGUUACUGAUCAGACGUUCCAGAGGGUCGAGACGCUGCUGAAGAACCUGGGAACCAGGGACAAUGUCAAGGUGUGGUUCUACAACCAGGCAUGGCACAGUAUAGUGUCCUUCCUAAGCGUGGCAAACAACGGCAUCCUGAGAGGAAAUUUGCCCGUGGAACAGAACCCACGCCAAUAUGGCAUCUCCAUCUCCAAUCACCCCCUUAACCUCACCAAGGAGCAGCUCUCCUUUGCAGCCAUGGCCACGACCUCCACUGACGUGGUGGUGUCCAUCUGCGUUAUUUUCGCCAUGUCCUUCAUCCCUGCCAGCUUCGUCCUCUUUCUCAUCCAAGAGAGGGUGAGCAAAGCCAAGCAUCUGCAAUUUGUCAGCGGAGUCAACCCGGCCGUCUACUGGUUAGCCAACUUUGCCUGGGACAUGUGUAACUACAUCGUCCCUUGUUUCAUCGUGAUUGUGAUCUUCCUCUCCUUCCAACAAAAGGCCUAUGUCUCGCCUGCUAACCUCCCCGCCUUGAUUCUGCUGCUUAUUUUUUACGGGUGGGCCAUUACUCCCAUGAUGUAUCCCGCCUCCUUCCUCUUCAGCGUGCCCAGUACGGCCUACGUGGUUCUGACCUGCGUCAACCUCUUCAUCGGUAUUAACGGCAGCGUGGCCACUUUCAUCAUGGAGCUCUUUGAUGAUGACAAUGUCAAAAACAUCAACAACAUAGUGAAGCAGGUGCUGCUGAUUUUCCCGCAUUUCUGUUUGGGCAGAGGGUUGAUUGACAUGGCUACGAACCAGGCGAUGGCAACGCUCUUCAUCAAUUUUGGGGAAGACCGUUUUAAGAACCCACUGAGCUGGGAAAUGGUGGGGAAAAACCUCUGCGCUAUGUCCAUCCAGGGAUUUGUGAUGUUCACCUUUACAAUCCUCAUCCAGUAUAAGUUCUUCUGCAAACCAAGACUCAUAUCCGUACAGCCACCAUCUGAGGAGGAAGAGGAUGUUGAUGUUGCCCGGGAGCGUAGGAGGGUGUACGAAGGCAACGCUAAGAAAGACCUCGUAGCCAUCUAUGACCUCACUAAGGUAUACCCUCGGAAGAGCACCCCUGCCGUGGACAGGCUAUGUGUGGGCGUACCUGCUGCAGAGCAUACGAACAGAAAUGAGGUACGUUCACCAGAACAUGGGCUACUGUCCRCAGUUUGAUGCCAUCAAUGAUCUCUUGACGGGACGAGAGCACCUGGAGUUUUACGGCAGGCUUAGAGGAGUACCAGAAAAGGAGGUGGCCACGGUGGCUGAGUGGGGGAUUCAGAAGUUGGGGCUGGUCAAGUAUGCCAACAAGUCAGCGGGAACGUACAGCGGCGGCAACAAACGCAAACUCUCCACAGCAAUCGCGCUGAUCGGCUGUCCCCCUGUCAUUUUUCUGGACGAGCCCACCACUGGGAUGGACCCCAAAGCCCGGAGGUUCUUAUGGGACUGCAUCUUGAGUGUCAUCAAAGAGGGACGCUCAGUCAUUCUCACAUCACACAGUAUGGAGGAGUGUGAGGCUCUGUGCACACGCAUGGCCAUCAUGGUUAACGGUUGUUUCAAGUGUCUCGGGAGCAUCCAGCAUCUGAAGAACAGAUUUGGCGACGGCUACACGGUGAUCGUCCGGGUCGCCGGGUCCCCUCCCGAACUCAAGCCCGUCGAGGACUUUAUCCGGCAGACGUUCCCAGGCAGCGUUCUCAAGGAGAGUCACCACAACACACUCCAGUACCAGCUUCCACACGCACCAGGAGCUCUGGCCAACAUCUUCAGCCACUUCACCCGCCACCAGCAGAGGCUAAACUUAGAGGACUAUUCUGUGUCCCAGACUACUCUGGAUCAGGUUUUUGUGAAUUUUGCGAGGCACCAGCAUGAUGAGGAAGACCCUCAGGGCCACAGCAACCCGGUGGACAUUUCAGACGAGCUGCCGCUCCAGGCCGUGCAGACCUCCAAGGAAGAAAAGAUGGUUUAAUGAUGGAAAUACUAUUUUUCUUUUUUACCCCAACAAAGUCAGGUGUUUACCUUUAGUUUCCCAUUAGUUGAUUCCAAAACUUGACACUUUUAUUUUGAAAAGCCAUGUUGCAAAAUCAAAUCCACAGACAUUUAUAAAAAAAUUUGUUUAAAUAUUUGGUUCUGAGCAGCACUGUUUAAAAAACAUUAAGACUGAUCGCAGCGUACUGCAGGAUCUUCACUUUGAACCAUCUUUUCAAAAUCUCCACCAAUUUAAAAGUCUUUAGAUGGUGAGAUAUUUAUGUCUGAAAAGAAAUAAUGAAUUAGUGUGUAGGCUGCAGAAUGAUUUCUAGUACAACAAACUGUAUGACCAGUUAAACCAAAGAAAGCACUUUAAAUAAUAUUACUAAAUAAAUCCAUUUGAAACUGAAAUAGACCAAAUUUAGCAAGUGCAGCUAAAUGUUGCCGCCAAAAAUGACUUGAAUUGAGAGUCCUAACAUGUGUGGAUUGUCAUUUUCACACAAGUUAAAAACAUUUAGACCUCAGUGAUUUUUUUUUUUGUUGUUUUUGUAUUUUACAUUUGUUGCUGACUUGCAUAGCUCUGGAAAAGAGGUGAAAUAUUCUCCUUUAAGCAGCAGAAAGUUCACAGCACAUAGGAUACCUCACUCCUUUAAAAUAUAUAUAUUUAAAAAUGUAUCAGCUGUUUAGUUUAUUUCUGGAUUCUGUUGGUAAAAGAAGCAAGUGGUGUAAGAACAAGGGCCUCAAAUAGACCAUACAUACUGUAUACUCAUCAUGUUACAUCUCUGUGGUGCACACUUCGACAGAGUGCUGGGAAUGACAUGGGUAAAGGUCAACAUGCCCAUGCAGGCUUAGACCCCGGUGAUAACUGCUUUACAGUUGUAGUUAACUGUAGAUGUGACAGAAUACAGCCACUGAACGAACGGAAGAUGAAACACAGCAGGCAUAUUUCUGGGAGUUUACUCAUAAUUUUAUAUCAAGAGAUAUAUAUUUAUACUGAAUGAGAUUAUUUCAUUACCUUUUUUAAAUCUUUGUUUUAAUUGCUUUGUGUAUUUCUAUGCAUUUUAGUUUCUACGCAUAUAGUGCCAAAACCUCCAAUUACAGGAUAGAAAAGGCCAAUAUAUAAAAGUUAAAUGUUUUUUGUUUCUUUCCCUUUAGUUAAAACUAAUUAUUUUUAAUUAUUUGAAUCACUGAACAGUUAUUAGUUAUUAAAACAAAUCGAUGACUUUUCACUGAUCUUUAGCCUCUCCACCAUUGUUAGCCGAUAUGUCCUGGUUAUUUGACACAGUACAUAAAAUCACUUUACAUUUGUAGCCAGUAGCUAUAAAUGUGAUUUAUGAGGUAAUUACACUGAUGAACAAGUGGUUCUACAUAUAUUUAAUAAUAGUCAAUUAUGCUUUGUUUUCUGCUUGCCCCUAUGAUGUGAUAAGCUAACACCACCCUUCAGAAUGAAACAUUGUGACUCCACACAUAAGUGAGAAAAGUAAAUACAACACAGAGCCAAACUACAGCCGUCCUCUUCAGUUUCCAACUUUGAGUCCCACUCCUCUGCUGUUGAUUUAAGACUUAAUCUUGAUUUCUCCAAGCUAAGGCAAUCCAAUAAAAAAGAUUGAAUCCUUAACAUUUCACAGAACCUCUUUAAAAAGUCUGAAUUAUUUCUUUAGUUACUUUUAGGUUAUUUUACAUUUCUGUCUUCACCCAGAUUUAUCGUGCUCAGGUUUGAAAACUUUUAUUUUCUGUUUUGUAAAACAGAAGAAAAUUUGUCAAAAAAAUCUUUAUGCAA